AUGUCUGUGGUGUGCAAGAGCCCGUCCGGGUGGUUACUGGAUGAACUUCUUCUUUUAAACAAGUGGUAUCAGUAUGGAGGAGGACUGUGUAGAGCCACAGACUCUCCCUCGUCACAAGGUAACCAAAGCAGCACAGAGACAUUUUAUAGCUACAGAUCGGACUUGUUUAAGAUCCUCAAACCCCAUAUAGCAACUUCCAAAAUACCUGUGGCAUCAGCUCCAUUGCAUGAUCAAGGAAAGAGUGAUACACAGCAGACAGACAUCAGUAGCCCUACCUUGAAGAAGGCUGUUGGAAAGGUAUUGACCUUUACCUUAUACUGUUGUGUGGCUUUUCUGGCUCUGUUACUUUACUUAGCUGGUAAUGUUUACAUCAUUUUACAGAAACGGAAACGAUCAACAUGUUUAAAUCAAGGGGAGCUGGAUGCACUGGCGUAUCACAAAAAGAUAAGUGGUCUUAUUUUGGAAGGAUCCAUGGGUUUGAUUCAUGAAGGACUUGAAAAAGGAUUUCUUCAGCCCGUAACAGAAGAUGAAAACUCUGAGGUCAUGUCUAGACUAUUCAGUAAUACCUGCAGGCUGGCUGAAUUGUGUGAUAUGGCAAAGCAAAUGCCUGUUUUGAAUAUGAGCGAACAUGCUGUGCAUGCUCUCGACAACACAAAUCCUUUGCCUCAAGACUUUGACUUUGUAUCACGUAUAACAGAAAACAAUUCAUACCACCCACAAAUAGUUCAAUUACUAGGCGAGAAGUAUCUCAUCCCUCCCAAAAGCAGCUUUCUGUUAUCUGAUAUAUCCUGCAUGGAGCCCCUUCUACAAUACCAUAGAUACAAUGUCAUUGUUAUCGAUCCACCAUGGGAAAAUAAGUCUGUGAAGAGAAGUAAAAGCUAUAGUUAUUUAUCCCCAAUGGAAAUGAAACAACUUCCUAUACCUGCCCUGGCUGAAUCCGAUUGCCUUGUGGUAACUUGGGUGACCAAUAGACAGAAGCACCUACGUUUCGUGAAGGAGGAGCUUUACCCUCAUUGGUUAAUAAAAACCCUGGCAGAGUGGCAUUGGGUAAAGAUAACUAGAUCUGGGGAAUAUGUGUUUCCACUGGAUUCUGACCAUAAAAAGCCUUAUGAAAUUCUGAUACUAGGACGACUCGAGAAAGAUGAUUGUUCUUCUACAAGGAGUACAGAAAAGAACCUCCCCCCUAUUCCACAACAGAAGCUAAUAGUCAGCGCACCAUGUAAGCUUCAUUCCCACAAACCACCUCUCUCAGAGAUUUUGAAAGAAUAUGUCACACCAGAUGCCUACUGCCUAGAGCUGUUCGCCCGUAACCUGCAGCCUGGAUGGACUAGCUGGGGGAAUGAGGUUCUGAAAUUCCAGCACAUGGAUUAUUUCACAAAAGUGACCAAGAUCUAUUAG